CGCCAAGUUCCAUUCAGCGUGGAUGUUGAAUCGUUUUAUGGGAUUGACUGAAAUCCAAUCUUCGUCUUUGUCGGUGUGUGGAUCAAGUCGAGGGUUUCUGAAUCCUGUUGGGCGCUUGUUUGUGGUUUGAUCCGGGCUUGAAAGAAGAACAAUAAGCAACUUUAGACUGAGGUUGAGCAUAUUCUUUCAUGAACUAGCAGCAUUAGGUGGAUAGCCAUGGCGUGGUUUAGAGCUGGUUCUAGCAUAGCAAAGCUUGCAAUUAGGAGGAGUCUAUCUCAGGGUGGUUCAUACACUGCCAGAACACGGGUGAUUCCUGCUCAAAGUCGGUAUUUCCAUACCACGGUCUUCAGGCCAAAGGCACAGUCUGCACCUGUACCCCGGCCUGUCCCUCUCUCUAAGCUCACUGAUAGCUUCUUAGACGGAACCAGUAGUGUAUACUUAGAGGAGCUUCAACGUGCAUGGGAAGCUGAUCCUAGUAGUGUGGAUGAGUCAUGGGACAACUUUUUCAGGAACUUUGUUGGUCAGGCUGCUACAUCUCCUGGCAUUUCAGGUCAAACUAUCCAGGAGAGUAUGCGGCUAUUGCUUCUGGUUAGGGCAUAUCAGGUUAACGGCCACAUGAAAGCUAAGCUGGACCCAUUGGCCAUGGAAGAAAGAGAGGUACCUGAUGAUCUAAACCCGGCUCUUUAUGGAUUCUCAGAAGCAGAUCUUGAUAGAGAGUUUUUCUUAGGAGUUUGGAGGAUGGCUGGGUUUUUGUCGGAGAACCGGCCUGUGCAGACCCUUAGGUCCAUAUUGACCAGGCUUGAGCAAGCUUAUUGUGGGAGUAUUGGAUUUGAAUACAUGCACAUUGCUGAUCGUGAGAAAUGUAACUGGUUAAGGGACAAGAUUGAAACUCCUACACCGAUGCAGUAUAACCGUCAACGUCGCGAGGUUAUUCUUGAUAGGCUGAUAUGGAGUACACAGUUUGAGAACUUCUUGGCCACUAAAUGGACGACAGCCAAGAGGUUUGGACUGGAAGGUGCAGAGACAUUGAUCCCUGGCAUGAAGGAGAUGUUUGAUAGGUCUGCAGAUCUCGGUGUGGAGAGUAUCGUUAUUGGAAUGCCACAUAGAGGAAGAUUAAAUGUACUUGGAAAUGUGGUAAGAAAGCCUCUUCGCCAGAUAUUCAGCGAGUUUAGUGGUGGUACGAAACCUGUUGAUGAGGUUGGGCUCUACACGGGUACUGGUGAUGUCAAAUAUCAUUUGGGAACUUCUUAUGAUCGUCCAACUAGAGGCGGAAAGAGAAUUCAUUUGUCUCUGGUUGCAAAUCCUAGUCAUUUGGAAGCUGUGGAUCCUGUUGUUAUUGGAAAGACUAGAGCUAAGCAGUAUUACUCGAAUGAUCUGGACAGGACAAAGAACAUGGGAAUUUUGAUUCAUGGUGAUGGUAGCUUUGCUGGACAAGGUGUAGUGUAUGAGACUCUGCAUCUGAGUGCACUGCCAAAUUACAGCACUGGUGGGACUAUACAUAUUGUGGUGAACAACCAAGUAGCUUUCACAACAGAUCCACAGGCAGGCAGGUCUUCACAAUAUUGUACCGAUGUUGCAAAGGCCUUGAAUGCCCCAAUCUUCCAUGUAAAUGGAGAUGAUGUGGAAGCCGUUGUUCAUGCUUGUGAACUUGCGGCUGAAUGGCGUCAAACUUUCCACUCCGAUGUUGUUGUAGAUUUAGUUUGUUAUCGCCGUUUUGGGCAUAAUGAGAUUGACGAGCCAUCUUUCACGCAGCCCAAAAUGUACAAGGUCAUCCGGAGUCAUCCCUCAGCUCUUCAGAUAUAUCAAAACCAAAUCUUAGAAUCUGGGCAGGUCACUCAAGAAGAUAUUAGUAAGAUAAAUGAGAAGGUCAGCGCAAUCCUGAAUGAAGAGUUUCUGGCCAGCAAAGAUUAUGUUCCUAAAAGAAGAGACUGGCUUGCCUCUCAUUGGACUGGAUUCAAAUCACCUGAGCAGGUUUCACGCAUCCGAAACACUGGGGUCAAACCUGAGAUAUUGAAGACUGUUGGAAAAGCAAUUACUUCUCUUCCAGAAACUUUUAAGCCUCACAGAGCUGUGAAGAAGGUUUAUGACCAACGUGCCCAGAUGAUAGAAACAGGGGAAGGCAUUGAUUGGGCUGUUGGAGAAGCCCUUGCUUUUGCCACAUUGUUAGUAGAAGGUAACCAUGUUCGAUUGAGUGGUCAGGAUGUCGAAAGAGGAACAUUUAGUCAUCGCCAUUCCGUGAUUCAUGAUCAAGAAACUGGGGAGAAGUACUGCCCUCUUGACCAUGUUGUAAUGAACCAAAAUGAGGAGAUGUUUACCGUCAGUAACAGCUCUCUGUCAGAAUUUGGUGUGCUUGGAUUUGAACUGGGUUAUUCUAUGGAAAGCCCAAACUCACUGGUUAUCUGGGAAGCCCAAUUCGGUGACUUUGCUAAUGGUGCUCAAGUGAUAUUUGAUCAGUUCUUGAGUAGUGGCGAGUCGAAAUGGUUGCGUCAAACUGGUCUGGUUGUGCUUCUUCCUCAUGGAUAUGAUGGCCAGGGUCCUGAACAUUCAAGUGCCCGAUUAGAGCGCUUCCUACAGAUGAGUGAUGACAAUCCCUAUGUCAUUCCUGAGAUGGACUCGACUCUGCGUAAACAAAUUCAGGAAUGCAAUUGGCAGGUUGUGAAUGUCACAACUCCUGCAAAUUACUUCCAUGUUUUGAGGAGACAGAUACACAGAGAGUUCCGUAAGCCUCUUAUCGUAAUGGCUCCCAAAAAUCUGCUUCGUCAUAAGGAUUGCAAAUCGAAUCUCUCAGAGUUUGAUGAUGUCAAAGGCCACCCUGGUUUUGACAAGCAAGGAACAAGAUUUAAGCGUCUAAUAAAGGAUCAGAAUGCACACUCUAAUCUCGAGGAGGGCAUCAGACGCCUGGUUCUCUGCUCCGGAAAGGUCUAUUAUGAGCUUGAUGAAGAACGCAAGAAGGCUGGUGCAAAGGAUGUUGCUAUUUGUAGGGUGGAACAAUUGUGCCCUUUCCCAUAUGACCUCAUUCAGCGUGAACUGAAACGAUAUCCAAAUGCCGAGGUUGUUUGGUGCCAGGAGGAGCCAAUGAACAUGGGUGGAUACAACUACGUAGCACCUCGUCUUUGCACAGCCAUGAAGGCACUCGACAGAGGCACCAUAGAUGACAUCAAGUAUGUGGGCCGUGCUCCCUCUGCAUCCACCGCCACCGGUUUCUACCAAGUCCACGGGAAGGAACAGUCGGAGUUGGUGCAGAAGGCGAUCCAACAAGAACCACUCCAUUCCCCUGCUCAAACUGUGUAGAUCUAUAACAUGUAGACCGAGGAACAGCGCGCGGCUCAGCUCUGAAAAGGUGAAUCAAAGUUCGAAUGAUUCACCGUAGGUACACGUGGCAAGUUAUGUAAGAAGGAAGGUGAUGUGGUCUUUGACCAUUGCACCGUGAAAAGUGUAGAUAUUGGCAUAUACAAUGAAGCUUGCAUCUUUGUAAUAGUUUUCAUAUCUAAUGUUACUCUUGUACUGUUUCCAGGAUUUGGCCAUGACACCGCAUUAACCUUCAUUGCAUAAGAAACUGCUAUAAUUUGGCAUUUUGAGGGCUCACCGUGGGAAAAUGGGGUGGUUUAGAGCAGGAUGUAUGAUAUCAAGAAAGCUGGCAGCCAAGAGAAAUCUCUGCGGACUGCACAUUUUCAGAAGAGUGCAAGCUUUCCCCUUAUCAGCCACCAGACGAAAUAUCCACAGCACAAUCACCAAACCAGAACAAGCGAAUGCCACCAGAACAACAGACAAUUUCCUAGAUUCAGCAAAUAGCAUCUACAUCGAGGAGCUCCAAAGAUCAUGGGAAGCGGAUCCUAGCAGCGUGGACGAAUCAUGGGACAACUUCUUCAGGAACCUCGUUGGCCAGAAUCAUGUUAAGGGAAUGGCUGCUGCAGGAGUAGGAGUUUCUGGGCAGCAGUCGAUACAAGAGAGCAUGCGUUUGUUGUUACUAGUCAAAGCAUAUCAAGUAAACGGGCAUACGAAAGCCAACUUAGACCCACUCAAUCUGGACUUACAUAAGGAUGCUAUUCCAGAAGACCUUGACCCAGCAUUCCAUGGCUUCACAGAAUCCGACCUCGACAGGGAAUUCUAUCUGGGAGUGUGGGACACAUCGUCCGGUUUCCUGUCUGGUAACCGGCCUGUGAUGACCCUGAGAUCCAUCAUGAAUAGGUUAGAGCAAGCCUACUGCGGCAGCAUUGGGUACGAGUACAUGCACAUUGACGAUAGCAGCAAGUGCAACUGGUUGAGGAACAAGAUUGAGACACAAGAGCAUACAACCUAUGAUGUUCAACGACGUAAAGUUCUUCUUGACAGGCUGAUUUGGAGCACAAGGUUCGAGAAUUUCUUGGCUGUCAAGAAAAAGGCAGAGAAGAGGUUCGGGCUCGAAGGUGGCGAGACACUCAUUCCGGGGAUGAAAGAAAUGUUCGACAAGGCUGCUGAUUUAGGUGUAGAGAACAUUGUGGUUGGAAUGCCACAUCGUGGGAGGCUUAACGUGUUAGGUAACGUGUUCAGGAAGCCACUAGCACAAAUCUUCAGCGAGUUCGACAAGAAGGCGAAACAUGGCUUGGGCGAAAAUGGUGAAGUGGGGGACUAUAUGGGGACGGGUGAUGUGAAGUACCAUUUGGGCACGUCGUAUGACAGACCGACAAGGGGAGGGAACAGGAUUCAUCUGUCGUUGAUGGCGAACCCAAGCCACUUGGAAGCAGUGGACACUGUUGUCUUGGGAAAGACGAGGGCUAAGCAGUACUACUUCAAGGACUGCGACAGGACGAAGAACAUGGGAGUGUUGAUCCAUGGAGAUGGUAGCUUUGCCGGGCAAGGAGUAGUUUAUGAGACGUUGCAUUUGAGCGCCCUGCCCAAGUACUGCACUGGUGGGACUAUACAUGUUGUGGUGAACAAUCAGGUGGCUUUCACUACUGAUCCCAGGUCGGGAAGGUCUUCACAGUACUGCACCGAUGUGGCCAAGGCGUUUAACGUUCCGAUUUUCCAUGUCAAUGGUGAUGAUGUUGAAGCAGUUGCUCGUGUCUGUGAGCUUGCUGCUGAGUGGAGGCAGAUGUUUCAUGCCGACGUUGUGGUUGAUAUUAUAUGUUACAGAAGGUUUGGGCAUAAUGAGGUUGAUGAGCCAUUGUUCACGCAACCUAAAAUGUAUAAGGUGAUUGAGAAGCAUCCUUCAUCGCUCGAGAUAUAUCAAAAGAAGUUACUGGAAUCAGGGGAGGUGACACAGGAAGAAAUCGACAGGAUACAUAACAAGGUGGAAUCAAUACUAAAUGAAGAAUAUGCAAACAGUAAAGACUAUGUUUUGAAAAGAACAGACUGGCUUUCUUCUCAUUGGGCUGGCUUCAAGUCGCCUCAGCAGCUCUCUCGCAUUAGAAACACCGGUGUGAACCCAGAGGUGUUGAUGAAUGUUGGUAGAGCAAUCACUACAAUCCCAGAUGAUAUGAAGGCACACAAGCAAGUGAAAAGAAUCUACGAAGAGCGUGCUCGAAUGAUCGAGAGUGGGGAAGGUAUCGACUGGGCACUCGGAGAAGCCCUUGCAUUUGGUACAUUGCUGGUUGAAGGCAAUCAUGUUAGGCUGAGUGGACAAGAUGUUGAAAGAGGCACAUUCAGCCAUAGACAUGCUGUGCUUCAUGAUCAAGAGAACUGGAAAGAGUACUGUCCACUAGACCACGUUAUUCCGGACCAAGACAAGGAGAUGUUUACUGUAAGCAACAGUUCACUUUCGGAGUUCGGUGUGCUUGGAUUCGAGAUGGGUUAUUCCAUGGAGAACCCAAAUUCCUUGGUGAUGUGGGAAGCUCAGUUUGGUGACUUCUCCAAUGGAGCUCAAGUUAUGUUCGAUCAGUUCCUCAGUGCAGGGGAGUCAAAAUGGCUCCGACAGACCGGUCUGGUUGUUCUGCUCCCUCAUGGCUACGACGGGCAAGGACCCGAACAUUCCAGUGCUAGAUUAGAGCGUUUCCUAAUGAUGAGCGACAGUUACCCUUAUGUGAUGCCUGAAAUGGAACCAACACUCAGAAAACAAAUCCAAGAAUGUAAUUGGCAGGUCGUGAAUGCUACCACUCCUGCCAAUUACUUCCAUUUGUUGCGCCGUCAGAUACACAGGGAGUUCAGGAAGCCAUUGAUAGUAAUGUCCCCCAAGAACUUGCUGAGGCACAAGCUCUGCAAGUCCCAUCUGUCCGAAUUCGACGACGUGCAAGGCCACACUGGAUUCGACAAACAAGGAACCAGGUUCAAGCGGCUGAUAAAGGACCAGACUGGACACUCUGAUGUUGAGGAAAGCAUCAGAAGACUCAUUCUGUGCUCUGGAAAGGUGUACUACGAGCUUGACGAAGAGCGUGGGAAGGGUGAUAACGCAAAGGACAUUGCCAUUUGCAGGGUGGAACAAUUGUGUCCAUUCCCAUACGACCUUGUCCAGAGAGAGCUAAAGCGUUAUCCAAAUGCGGAGGUGGUAUGGUGCCAGGAGGAGCCGAUGAACAUGGGGGCGUAUAGCUGCAUUUUGCCGCGGCUGGCGACGGCGAUGAAAGACACCGGGAGAGGGUCGUACGACGAGAUCAAGUACGUCGGAAGAGGUGCAUCGGCUGCGACGGCGACGGGGUUCUAUCAAGUUCACAAACAAGAGCAGGCUGAAUUCCUUCAACGUGCCAUGCAAACUCAACCCAUCCAGUUCCCUUGAUUAUUCCAUUGAAAGCUCAAUUCAGGGCUGAUCAAUUUCUAAUUGAAUUUGAUGAAUUCUAACAAUCGGAUGUGUUUGGAAAGAAUAAGGUUGGGACUUAGAAAAUACAAUAAAACAGAUUUACAACAGUUGUUUGGUAUAUAACAAGAUUUUUUUUUGUAAUGGAUUGGAUUAUGGUUGGUGUGGUAUUAAU